GUAAAUUUGAAUUUUCAAACGUUGACUGCACGAAAUAUUUUAAUUCUUCACAGUACUACCUGGCGUCCCAUUCUCACCUUUACCAACCAAGGAAGCACCAUCAUGAGCAGCAAGGACGACCUGAACGACGAUGAGAUCCGUGAACAAGAUCGGUUCCUUCCUACGGCCAACAUCUCCCGCAUCAUGAAGGUAUCCCUUCCCAACACGGCCAAGAUCGCCAAGGACGGCAAGGAAACCGUGCAGGAGUGCGUGUCCGAGUUCAUUUCGUUCAUCACGUCCGAGGCCAGUGACAAGUGUCAGCAAGAGAAGCGGAAGACUAUCAACGGCGACGACAUCAUCUGGGCCAUGAGCACAUUGGGCUUCGAUUCGUACGUGGAGCCCCUCAAGUUAUACCUCCAAAAGUACCGGGAAAGUGUGAAGGUGGAGAAAUCCGACAAGAAGGACAACGUGGGAUCGUUUGGCGCGUCGAGUUAGGUGCUUCCUGCUACGUCGUCCUCGUUGAAGACGAUCUCCCUUGUAGAUAGACCUCGUUCCUUCCUCUUUUAAUCCUUAUGUAUCUCUUUCCCCUCACACGAUUCAUCAUCUUUCGAGCAGUGCCAGCAUCUGUGUGCGUAAGCGACCAGUGAGGUUCACGGCGCAAUCUAUCGGUCGAUCUCCGUACACGUCCUUCUGUGUCACAGACACCGCCGCGCCGCCGUGGUCUAAGAGCAGCUUCACGCAUGGUACAUGUGCCCGGAUAACCGCAACAUGCAGCGGGGACCACAAGUUGACUGGCUCGGCGGCAUGCGCGACCGCUCCGAUCUGCAGCAAGAACUUGAGGACGUCUCCAUGUCCUUGGGACGCAGCCCAAUGCAGUCCGUUCCAUCCGUGUUGGUCGGUCGCAUGCACAAGGUCCCCGUCCGACUCUAUCAUCGCUCGAAGUUUCUGCAUGUUUCCUCGAAACACAGCGACAAGGAACUCGCGGUGGCCUUUGUCUGAGGAUGUGGCCGUGCGUUCGACCUCCGCAGGCCCUUCAACGUCGCGCUGGUUGUCAUUCCGACCACCUUGCUUCGUAGCCUUGACCGCCUCGACCACCUCGUCUUCAUAAUCCUACCAAGCUCUUCCAUGAUGAACGUGCUGAAA